AUGAAACGAAAGCACAAAUUAGACAAUUAGUUAUCGGUAUGUUCUUUAUAUUUUACUCAAGCUUAACAUUAACAGGGUCUUAGCUUCAAAUAACAUUAUGAUUCAGAUAGCAAUCUAUCAUAGAGCUAGGAAUCUCAAAGAUUUAAUCAACAAUAAAUAAAUUAAAUGAUAGAGGGACUUUAGUCUCAAAGAUCGAUGAAUGAACACAGUAUUCAUGGUGGUUCCUAAGCUUAAAAUUAUCUAAAGGACUACAGAGAUCGGUUAUUUAAUGAAGAGAUGAUGAGAUAGAAGACAUUCUUUGAACUUGAAAAAUUAGAGUAGGAUUAUCGUUUAUUAGAGAAAGAAAGAGAUUCAUUCAAGAUCUAACUUAUCGAAAAGGACAAAGAAUAUCAUUCACUUAAGAGAAAGUAUUAAACUUAAAAACAGUAAAUGCUGUAGAGUACAACACCCAAUAAAAUGUAAAUGAGUAAUUUCAACUCCAAUAUACAAGAUUCAUAACGACAAGACAAAAAUUUUGAUAGAAAAAUGAGCAAUGCAACUCCCCUCAUUACCCCUACCAAGAAUAACAUUAAUUCUAGUACUAUAAAUCACAAUUAAAAUAACCUCUCAGAAAGCUAGAAUUAGUGCAACAAUCUGAAUAAAUCAAAGGAAAAUUCAUAGGGAGUCUUUGAUACAUUAAAUGAUUCAGUUCUAUCUGACUUGAGACAUGAGCUUUGUACAGCUAAGAAACUCACAGGCAAUGAAAAGGAAUAGAUGUUAGUAGAGAUUCAAGAUAAGCUCGACGAAUUGGUUAACUCAACAAGACCUUAUAUAGAGUAUUUGUCGAAGUUUUCCGAUAUAAGUUUAUAAAAUCAACAUCUGUAAAUUAAUUUGAAGCAUACUGAGGGGUAACUUAAUAACGUAAAGACAGAACUCUACUAAAUGAAUCAAAACAAUCAAAAAUUAGAAGAGGAUCGUCGUGUUUUGAAAUUAUUAAACAAAGAACUGAAAAAAGAAAAGAGACACUUCGAAAAUGAAGCCUUGAAAGAAAAGGUUAGAGUAAAUUAAUUGCAAGAUAUUAUCAAAAUGCUUGGGAUAAACACCAACUAAUAAGAAAAUAUCUAACCACAAAAAUAACAAUAAGAAUUCAAUGAUCUUAACUAGUUUUCAUUUGAUGAGCAAAAUUGGAUGGAUAAUCUUGAGAAGCCUCUGGUCAAUGAAUCUGAAAGAUAAAUAUACUCUAAUCAGUUUGAAAUAUAGACUUUAAAUGCACCUGAAGUACUAUUAGAGAAUCAGCAUUCUAAAAAUACAGUAACAAUCUAAGGAAUAGCACCUUCGAACUUUAGUUCUCCAACAAUGAAUGAUUAAUAGCCUUAAAAUAGUACAAAUGAUAAAAACCAAAAUGAAAUUAUCAAUAAUUAAAAAAAUAGUAAUAUUGCUUUUACAUCUUGUGAAAACUCGAACAAUAACUAACAAUAAUAUGAUACUUUACUGAUGCAAGUAAUUGAAAAACUUGAUAAUCUAUAGCAAUCUACUAAUCUGAUGCAAUAAUAAAAGCAAGAUCAAUAGAAGAAGGUCCUUCCAUCAUCAAGGAAAAAUUUGAAUCAAAUCUUUUCUCCAGAUGGCGCUUAAUCUCCUCCUCUCCUUCAUCUAAAGCCUACAGAUACUACCUAAACAUCCUUUUUAUAAAUGAAACCUGGCAUUAAGAGUCCAAUAAAUCUAGAUUUAAGUGAGAUAUAACAUGAUUUGAGUAGUUCUAACUUCAGGAUUGAUAUGUCCAAUUUGAAUAUUAUCGAACCAUAAAAAGGGCCUGCUCGUUAGAUGACGUAUGAUUUAGGUCAUAGAGAUUUUUUUGAAAAUUUUGCCAAUGUUAACUAUCAAAGAGUCUAGAGGCCAAGACAAGAUUCAGCAAUUGAAAUAAACAACUAACAAAUAAUGAAUUUAAAGCUAUUAUAAAAUCAAUCAGACAAACCUAAAGCUUCGGUAGUGAUACUUGAAAAUAACUAAUAAUAGCGACGAGACGCUGAGAGUAUAACAAAGCGCAGUCUUUAGGGUAAUUCCAAGAGAUCUUCAGGGAAUGAAAGUAAUAAAAAUUCAGAGAAAUCUAGUCAUUAGAAUCAUAGUCAUAACAAUCCUAUUAAAUCUUAAUUCACUCAUGGAAUAGGAUAUUAGGGAAAUAUUGGUGGUAAUAACAACCAAAAGAAAGACAAUAAUAUCAGCAAGUCUGGUAAUUCUCAUCACAUGAAUAAUAAUCUUAUCAUGCGAGAGAGUAUAAUUGGAAAUUUCUUAAUAGACUAAGCAAAUAACAUGAAGGAGUCCUCCUAAAAAGAUGACUCUUUCUCAGAUUUUAACAACGAGGCAAUAUAGACAAGAGAUAGUAGAAAAAGCGAAAAGCGAGUAUCAUUCAAAAAAGAGUCAAAGACUCCUGGAUUAUAAAGCAUAAAGAUGUUUCCUCAACUGUUUAUGGGUACUCCUACUUUACUCAAUGCUUACUUUCAGAAAAAAUAAAAAGAAUCUAUGUUCCUUCUUGAGUAAUCGUAACAUCAAUCUGACAGAUAGAAAUGA